AUGAGUGCUGCAGAACCUGAAGAGGCUUUUCUUAGCAUGCUCAGUACCACAGACCACCUGCAGGAAAAAGAGAUUGGUAAAAAGCUCGAAAGAAAAUGUCUCAGAAUCAUCUCCCCCGUGUCUCCUGCUAGGCUUUACUGCUGCUAUGCAGUGAUCAUCGUCCUCACUGGAGCUGUGAUUGCACUUUCUGUGGUUCUGUCAUUGUCAGUAGAAAAAAGGCAAGAACAAGUCUCAAUCAAAACUGCCUAUGCUGCUUGCCCAAGAAACUGGAUUGGAUUUGGGAGUAAAUGUUUUUAUUUUUCUGAAGACACAAACACUUGGACAUUCAGUCAGAACUCUUGCAUGGAGCUGGAGGCCCAACUAGCUCAAUUUGACAACAUUGAGGAGCUGAUAGAGAGGUUAAAGAUGAAGCACGAGGAAGGAUCCCAUCCCCUGCAGAUGGAGACAUUGGGAACACAUGAUUGUGUGUCAUUUUCUUAUGGCAACACAUCUGAUUGGAGCCCUGUGACAUUUUAG